AAUGAACCCAACUGUUAAUUUAUCGGCAUCCAUAAGUUUGCAAGGAGUUAGGAAAUUCAACGAAAUCUUUGAAAAGUCUGUCGAUGGUUUCCUUGGAAUCCGUUAUGCAACAGCUGAAAGAUUCUGUAGACCAAAGCCCUUUACGCUAAAGGGCAAGCACUCGGUUGUUACAUACGGCAAAGUAGCACCGCAACGAUUAGCUGAUGUUGCUAAACUAUAUUUUCCUUUGAAAAUACCAGGAGUUGAAAGCAUUAGCGAAGAUUGUUUGUAUUUAAAUGUUUGGAGGCCGUCAGACAUUAGUCAUGGAGAACAAUUACCAGUUAUGGUUUGGUUUCAUGGAGGUUCAUUUACACAGGGUUUGAGUAAUAUAUUCGUUGGUGAUGCAAUUUGCUGUGUUAAUAGGGUGCUAUUGGUAUCGUGCAAUUACAGACUAGGUUUUCUAGGUAACGCUUGUUCACACGAUGGCUAUCUGGAAGGUAACUAUGGAUUUCUUGAUCAACUUGAAGCUUUGGAGUGGGUAAAAAGGCAUAUAGAAAGCUUUGGAGGAGAUAAGAAUAAUGUGACAAUAUUCGGAGAGAGUGCUGGAGGGAUGAGCGUAUCAUUACAUCUCGUUUCUGAAUUAUCAAAGGGAUUAUUUCAUAAAGCAAUCUGUCAAAGUGGAGCUGCGUAUGGUCGACAUUUAAUUUGGAAUAGAAGUCAAGCGUCAAAUUUACUUUUAUCUAAAGCUAAGAGAAUUGGUUACAAAGGAACUAGAAAUGGUCAAGAAUUGAAAGAAUUCUUAAAUUCUCUUUCCUACAACGAUAUUGUCAAUAUGCUGCCUGGAAAUAGUGCUCUAAAUGGAAUAAUAGAUGGUAGAUUUUUGAAAGCAUAUCCUUUAGAUAUUAUCAACGAAAACCCUUCAAAUAUUCCUUUAAUGACUGGUUGUACAAAUGACGAAGGAUCAUUGUUCAUAAUGCCGUUUUUAAAGAACUAUGUUGUCGAGGAUGAAAGGCAUUAUUGUUCAAUAUUGGAUACAAUAAUAAGAAAAAUGUUUUUUAGAGGCUAUUCGGAAAGUGUCUUGAAUCGUUUAAUAGACAGAAUUAAGGAAGUAUAUUCCAAAAAUGAGGAAAGUUACGAGAAACGAUUAUCUAGAUUUUAUAGUGACGUUGUUUUUGUCGUCCCAUCCUACAACUUAGCGACUAGACAUCAGGAGCACGCUAUCGUCUAUCAAUACGAACUGCAUUAUCGUCCUUCCUUCUCUAUUUUCCCUCCUUGGACAGAAUGUAUUCAUGGUUUUGAUAUUCCAUUUGUAUUUGGUGAACCAUUUUUAGGGCGAAUUUCAUACGAAUGGCCGAAAAACGAGCAGAACCUAAGUAUAGAAAUAAUGAAAGCAUGGGGAGAAUUUGCAAAAACAGGUAAGCUUAAAGAAGAGAAAACGUUUAGAGAAGGACAUAUAAAAGUGUGGAAUGAUGGAAAAACUUAUACAAGUGUCUUUCAGAAUGAUAUAAUAAACUUCUGGAAUAACGAGGCGAAGGAAAUUCUGAGAAAUGAUUCCCGAUCGAAGCUUUAA